UAAAGUCGCUCGGUCUGCCGUUUGCCCACGCGAUGCUGGACCUCUAGUCCCAGCGCGCCCUCCUCCACCUCGACAGGGAAUGCCAUCAAACCCCCAACCCAGGCACACUACACACACAAAAACACGCCCACGACCGCCUGCCAUACUUUAUCCGUUUGCUUCCCAGGUUUCGUCCUUCGUCCCCUCCUCCGCUUACACCUACUCCUGUCCCCUCAAACCCCUCCCUUCCGUUCGUUCCUCACCAACUACUAUUCUCUCGUUAAACCUCAACCUUGGGACCGUCGUCGCUCUCUGCAAACCUCGCUUGCCCAAGAACCCGAUACCGCUCGCUAUCCAUCACCCGACAUCUCAUUCGUCCCGCCAACGACUAUCCUAGGUCUUGCUGCCCGUCGAGAGAGAGAGAGUUUCUACACGGAGCUCUCAUUACAGAUCGAACGCUCAUGUACACGGCUGGCCAACCGCGUCUCAAACACAACCGCCUCUCCCACAAACGCAUUGCUGGGACCGCCUCGUCGACCCGCCACUUGCACCCGCCGUCGUGUCGUGACCGCCUCGCCUGCCUGGGCCCCAGUCCUCAUCGAUUAAAGUAGUCGACCGCAUCUCUCGACGGCCGCGGUUCGGACGAGCCUCUCAACGUUUGGACACAGGUAUCCAUCGUCUUGUGAAGCAAUCGGAUCCCCCCCCCCCCGAUCCAUCGGUCUCUGGUAGGCCAAUCAGUGCUCCUUGCCUUUCUACUCAAACAGCUCUGCGUCCAAACUCGAUCUCCGUCCCUUUCUAGACCGUCAGCCACUUCACCAUGGGUCUGCCUCGAGCGAUUCCCGUCGCCGCCGGCGCGCUGGCGCUGAUCGCCACCAUCACCAUCGUCGUCAUCCACGUCGUGCUCGCCGCCCACAUUGCCCAGGUCUCGCCUGUACGGACGUCGUCGGUUCUGUCCUCCAUCUUGGAGAGCAUUCUCUUGGCCAUCAUGGGAUGGAUGCUAUCCGCGAAUGUGGUCCCCCGGUUCCGGAAUUCGUCCAAGCGCUUCAUCAGCGUCAUGUUCGGCGCCAGCGUGCUCACGUGCACCAUGGCCACCGCGGCGUCGGUGGCGACCAUGAUCUGUCUCAGCAACGCCACGAGGGACUUGGCCGACUCGGUCCUCGGCGCGAAGCAGAUGAGCUUCCUCAUCGCCUCGUCCAUUGCCCUCGGCCUCUGCUUCGCGUGCCAGCUUAUCUUCAUCGUCAUCCACUUCGUCCUGGCGCGUCUCGUCGCCCGCCACGAGGCGGGCUCCCUCCACAUGGACGAGGAGUCCCGCAGGUCUCCCAACGUCCACAUCAAGUCGGUUCCCUACCACCGCACGUCCCCGACGUUCGACAGCAGGAGCCGCUCCACCUCGAUGGGCUCGCAGAGCCCGCCCCAGUCGAGCAGCGGCCGCUCCGCCACCGACACGCUGAGCUCCAUCCGCUCCUCGCUGUCCAACGUCGUCCGGCCCAUCUCGUCGAGGACACGCCUGCUCCCGCUGAGGGAGAAGAUGCGGGCGUCGUCCAUCGACUCGAACCACUACCGCUCGCGGUCCAGCAGCGUCAACGAGGACUCUUCGUUCGACUCCUGGGACACGUCGUCGGUCGACAUGCAAAGCCGCAUGACCGUCCUCGGCACGUCGUCCCCCGUGCCCGGCAGGUUCCUCGAGACGAUCCCGGCCAGCCCCACCACCAGCCGCAGUCCCAGCCCCGGGACGCCGCUGGACGUCGACGGCGAGGCGCCGCGCACCCGUCGCCGCAGCCGCAGCUACAGCUACAGCCCCAUGGGCACUCUGCAAAACCCCGAGCCCACUUUCACGCUGCAGACUUCUGCCAGCGAGUGCUCGCUGCGACGCCCGGAGCCCGCCUUUACCAUGCAGGGCUCCGCGAGCGAGUCGCACAUCCACCCCCUGUUCCGGUCCGACUCCCCGGACCCGCCGCCCAUGGUGACGCCCGGCACGGUCGUCACGGCGGCCCCCGAUGCCGGCCGCGUCAUCUCGGACCGGCAGAGCGUCCGCCGCAUGAGGAGCGGCAGCCUGCCCUCGGGCCCUAGCCCUCUCAGCCGCACCGGCAGCUACGACAACCUCUUCGCCAACAGCCAGCCUUCCAUCAAGGAGAAGGACGACCUCCCAUCGCCACAGGAGGAAGACGAGGCCCCCGGCGAAAGACGGAUGACACCCCCCAUUCCCGAGUGGAUCCUGUCUGCGGGGACCCGGACGAGCCUGACGGGGUAUCAAAGCAGGAAGCUUCGCGUCGAUGGGGACGUUGGUCAGGAGCAAUCAUGAUGAUGACGGGCCAACGGCGGCAUAUGCCUUGUGCCUCGGUGACCAAAAAAAAAACAACAACAGGAAACGGGAGACCCUCCGACCCGGCGUGGUCAUCAUGAAUGUCUAAUUGCUAUUUUGUCCUCGGCGACAACGAGGGAGUAUGAACUCGGGCGGUGAUACCAUAUUUGAGGGAUUUAUUUUUCUUUGUCCAGCGUGGCGUUGUCCUUGAAGACAGAGAGAAGAGGGAAAAAAUCCAUAGUCUGGCGGCCGAGAGAAGCCGUCGGAGAGCUAGAACAGCUUCAGCAGCUACAGCAAUCUAACGAGUCACACGACCCCGUUGUUUAUUGAGUGAUGUGACGAUGUGGGUGUGUUUGGCGCUUGGAAGAAGCACUCGCUGGUCCGAAUGCUCGGUCGGUCGAUGCCGUAUCCGUACUCUGAAGGGAUGGCCGCCGUCGCCCGCUGGAUGCGCCAACGCCUUUCCGGAUUAU